AUGACGUUGGUCGUCGGCCAUCUAGUACUUUUUGCGCUUUUCAUCGUUAAUAUUAUUCAAUGUGAAGAACAUUUAUAUGUGAAUGGACCUUUUGGAAAAAGACAUCUAACAGUCGACAUACCAAGUCCGUACAAUUGUAAUCGAAGUAUUGGGAUUUCUGAAUAUUUAACUCAUCGUAUACAAAUAAGCGAAUUACAAGUUUCAUCAACACAUUAUUCGAAUAGCGAAGAGAUUUAUGUCUCAUGGAUUCCAUCGCCAAAUCCAUGUCAAGAUGAUUUCAUUGGUGUUUAUUUUGUUGAAACUUCUCUAGUCGAACCCUGUAACUAUCUGGAUUUUGAAUUUGUACAAAAAAGUCAAAGUAAUUCGACAUGGUUGAUGAUUAAUCUUCGCCAUCAACUUGAAUUUCGUUAUUUUUCGCGUGGUGCCAAUUGUAAUGGGACUUAUCAAUUUAUUGCAAAAUCUCCCCUUGUAGAGCCCUUGAAUUACAAUGAACCUGUUCAUGUACACUUAGCUUUUGGUGAUCGAAAUGAUCAGAUUUAUGUUUCAUAUUUAACGAAUUCCAACCAAGUCAUUCCAAAAUGUCAAUACGGUUUUGAUUCGUCUUCGCUUAAUUUUCAAGUUGGUGGUACCUCAGUUACUUAUCAAGCAUCAGACAUGUGUGAAGGAAAAGCAAACAUUACCGGACCACAAGCAUUUAUCGAUCCUGGUUAUAUGCAUACAAUGCUUUUACAAGAUCUUCGUCCAUCAACAAUUUAUUACUAUCGUGUCGGAAGUGAUGAACAUGGUUGGUCAGAAGUCAAUGUGUUUAUUAAUCGACCAUCAUCAAUCGAUGAUGAAGUUAAUUUAAUUGCAUACGGUGAUAUGGGUGUAUCACCAAUCCAAUCAGGCGCCAAACCAACAAUUGAUCGAGUAUUAACAAGAGUUAUAACAAACAAUGUGACAGCGAUAUUACAUAUUGGUGAUGUUAGUUAUGCAAGAGGCGUUGGUGCACUUUGGGAUGCAUUUAUGAGUCAAAUAGAAGCGACAACAUCUCGUGUACCUUAUAUGGUUGGCAUUGGUAAUCAUGAAUAUGAUCAUGUGGCAGGUGGGGACAAAGAUCCCAGUGGUGCACCAGGACCUGGUGGAUUUCGACCAGAAUGGGGCAAUUAUGGAUAUGAUUCAGGUGGCGAAUGUGCGGUACCAAUGGUACAUCGUUUUCAUUCGCCAUCAAAUGGUAAUGGAUUAUUUUGGUAUAGUUUUGAAAUUGGUCCAAUUCAUGUUGUUUAUUAUUCAACUGAACAUGAUUUUCUUCCUUCAUCAGCACAAUAUGAUUGGAUCGAAAAAGAUCUUCGAUCAGUAAAUCGUACACGUACACCUUGGUUGAUCGUUGGUUCACAUCGACCAAUGUACUCAUCAUUAAUCUACAAAGAUUUAAUUAAAGAAAAACUUCAAGAAUAUAUCGAACCUCUUCUUUACAAAUAUCGUGUUGAUCUUAAUCUUUUCGCACAUAUUCAUUCGUACGAACGAACAUGUCCUUUAUAUAAUAAUACAUGUGUCAAUGAUGGUGUCACACAUGUUUUAAUUGGCAUGGGUGGACAUGAUUUAACAAAAGGUACUUAUUCAGGUGAAAAAUGGAGUCUUUAUCACGAUAUUGAAUUUGGCUAUACUCAUAUAUGGGCAAAUAAAACACAAUUAACAUUCAGUUACUACCACACGAAAGACGAUCAACUUGCUGAUCAAUUUCAUUUGAAGAAGUAG